AUGUCCUACAAGUCAACCAUCGUCGUGACCGGCGGUCAGAUUGGCCUUGGCUACGAGGCUGCCCGAGUGAUAGCGAAAGAGAGACCAGACUCUCAAGUCAUCAUCAGCUCGCGAUCCUCAGGAGCAGAAGCAGCCCAGGCCAUCAACGACGAACUGCGCCAGUCGAACGUCAAGUACCUCAGGCUGGAUCUAGGAAGCCUAAGUGACAUCCGCAAGUUCGCUGAUGAAAUCAUCGCCAUAGGCCUUCCAAUCUCCGUGCUGGUCUUCAACGCUGGCAUCCAACUUCCCAAAGGCGUCGCUUACACCACGGAUGGCCUCGAAACGACUUUUGGCGUGAACCAUGUCGGACAUGCUCUUCUGUUCCAUCUCCUGCAACCUUAUCUAUCCAACAAUGCCAGGAUUGUCCUCACGUCAUCGGGUACUCAUGAUCCAGCGCAAAAGAGCGGUCUUCCCGAUGCCAAAUACGUCACAGCAGAGCUUCUGGCACACCCUGACGAAGCUACCAUGAAGUAUGCUGGUCGGCAGCGCUACGCCACAAGCAAGCUCUGCAAUGUUCUCUGGACUUACGCCCUGGACCGUCAACGAACCAAGGCGAAGUCGAACGUCACCGUCACUGCCUUCGAUCCCGGCCUCAUGCCCGGCACUGGCCUCGCGCGAGACGCAUCAGCAGUUGAGAAGUUCCUCUGGCACCGGGUCCUGCCCCGUAUUAUUCCUCUGCUACGACUCAUCCUCUCUCCCAACAUCCAUACCCCGCAGGAGUCGGGCCGUAAUUUGGCAAGAUUGGCCGUCUCGUCGGAGGUUGAGGGCGUUAGUGGGAAGUAUUUCGAAGCGGGGAAGUCAAUCGACAGCAGCAAGGACAGCUACGAUGAGAGCAAACAAGAAGAUCUGUGGAACUGGACUGUCGAGUUUGUCGCACGGGACAAGGCGGAGGUGGAGUCUUUCAAGUCGCUCACCCAAGGAACAAAGUCUUGA